GCAAAGUGUCGCAAAAACAGGCAGUCUUCCCGCCUGGUUACACAUGCGUAGGGAGCGGCCGCCGUAAAGCGAGGAGGGGAAGAUGGCGGCGCGGUGUGCGGGAGGUGCUGGUGGAGCCUGGAUGCGGGGGAUUCUCGGCUGGGCUCGGCCGGAGAGGUGGUUUGCAGCUGGAAGUGUUUUCCCGCUCUCAUGUAUCCACACAAGUACAUCCCUGCAAAAACUUGGGAAGUGGGAGAAAAAGAACAGGAUUGUGUACCCUCCUCAGCUGCCUGGAGAGCCUCGAAGACCAGCUGAAAUAUAUCACUGUCGGAGGGAAAUAAAAUACAGCAAAGAUAAGAUGUGGUAUCUGGCAAAACUGAUUAAAGGAAUGUCCAUUGAUCAAGCUCUUGCUCAGCUGGAAUUUAACGAUAAAAAGGGUGCAAAGGUAAUCAAAGAGGUUCUCUUAGAGGCUCAGGAAAUGGCAGUAAGGAAUCACAACGUGGAGUUCAAAUCAAAUUUACAUAUAGCUGAGUCUCUGGCAGGCAAAGGCCACUAUACAAAACGGAUCCGUAUCCAUGGGAAAGGCAUGUUUGGCAUCAUGAAAAUCGUCAAGUGCCACUACUUUGUGAAGCUGGUGGAAGGUCCUCCUCCUCUUCCAGAGCCACGAAAGACUGGUUAUGACCAAGCAAAAGAAUAUGUACAACAGCUGCGCAGUAGAACCCUUGUUCAUACACUGUGAUGGACUUAUGUGACUGUAUAGGUACUUCUUGUUUGACAAAGUCGUUAUGUAAAAUAAUAAAAACAUAUUUUAGGUUUAUUUUUGUUGCUGCUGGAGCUGGAUGAUGCAUCAAUGAUUGUAGAUUUAUUUGUCAAGCCUAAGGUGUGCAGGAAUGUUGGAAGAGCAGCAACAGAUGCUACUUUUUGAGUUACUUGGACUAUAGCUUUCAACUUCUCUGGGCCAUCAAAUCUAGAGGAAAGAAUGCACUUAAAACUUGUUGGGAAUUUUGUCUUGCAGUUCAUGCAACUCUUUGUUAUGUACAUUCAGGUCCUUUAUUGUACAAUUGGCAGUCAGUUUGUGGGGUCAGGAGUUGGAGUUGCCAAAAUUGGACACCUGAAAGUAGCUACAGCAGUGCAACAUAACUGGCAUCAAUCUUGGAUUAUCAGGAAACAAUUAAUGAUUUCUUUAUCUGGGCUGUAAUGCUACCUCCUUACUGUCACUGUUGUGCACCAUAGGCACUUUGUCUGGGGGUGGGGAGAGGAAAAAUCCAAGUUGAGAUUGUGGCAGUGUCAGUAGAUGGCAUUGUUUAGUUUGUCAGGGAGGGACCUGGUAGUGAAAACCUGCAGUGCAUUGAAACCGUUCUUAAUUCUGACCAUGGCAUUAAUAGACUGAUAUGUGUGUGAAGUUCAUGCUGUUCUCUGUGGAAACUCAGUGUGAGUAGUGAAGAGUGAACUAAUUACACUGUCUGGGAGCAAAUAACUUCUGUAAUGUUGAGGGGAGUAAAAUACUGUAUGGAUUUAACAUGGAAUGGCUUGUUGCAUGCAUGAACCAGACUUCCAGUUCUCUGGAAAAAAAUACAUAUAUAUAUCCUAUUUUUAUUAUUACUUUAAUGCAGAGGGAAAAGUGGUGAAAAGGUCCUCGCUCUGUCAUGUUUUCAUCCAGAUGGCCAGAGAUCAUGGACAUUGGCAUGAAAAGAUCUGCUUCUUGUUUAUGAAGAUGUCUGAUAUUUAGACCCUUCCAUUCUGAGAUCAUUAGAAUGGAUUGGAUUGUUUACCUCAUUUGGGUCUUUUUAUCACACUGACUGAAAAGUGGCAACUUUUCUUGACUUUAAUUUCAUCAGUGCUUAAAUGAUGAUAAUGGGACAGUUCGUAAGGAAACAAAUUAUCUUUGCUGUCCUAAUGGAAGUGGCAUACAGCUGUUUCUUUUGGUUCCCGAAGAAAUGCUAGAGUGUUAGGGGAUUGUGAAGUUACACAAGUACAUACAUGGCUCCUACCACAAAUGGUGCUUAUUUGCCCUCUGUUCUUCCAUGGUGUGCUUGCAGACUCAGUACUUGUUCUGAUGGAGGGUUGUCAGUGAUCUGGGAAAAGAUUAAAGAAUUGCAAGAUAAUCCUUACUUAACAACAGCACUCAUGAUUUAAGUGUGUAAAACCUGACUUCCAGAUAACUUAUCCUAGUACCUCAUUCAGGAGAAAUAUGUAGAUUUCCCUUCAAAUCCCCUUUGGACCUCCAGACAAGAUUGUAUAAUUGCUCUCGUUUUCUCUGAAAACUAGAAGUGAGAAUGUGGCUGAUGUCUUUUCCACCUUCAUGAUACAGCUGGUGGCACUGACACUUCUUUAAAUGGCCUUCAGUCAAAAGGCAAGAUGCUUGUGUUCUGUGGUGUGUAACAUGUAGUGGAUCUUUAUGGUAUUGGCCAAGGAAGAUCCACAUCCUUGGCUGUAACAGUACAUUGGGAGGUCUGAUGAGAUACGGAGCUUCAACUGACUUGAUUCCUCCCAUUUGCUUAUAGGAGGGUGGAAGUGUCUGAAGUGAUUUAUGGAGCCUGCCUGGAUCUUGAUCUCAGUACAAUCCUAGUGAUAAAGCUUUAUACCAUCAAGUUCUAAAUAUAAAAUAAAAUUGCUUUUUAUUUA